AUGGAUCAUCUAAAGAAGCCAAGCCUGAAGAAGUCGAAUGCUAUGCUGGAUGAUCUCAAAGACGCCGGCCCUGCUAGGCCGUAUCCCAUCACCUUCGACGCGGAGGAAGCAAGGUCAACUGUGAGGCGGUGGCGCGGGAGAGCAUGCCAGCCCCUCGACGUGCUGCGGGAGGCCAAGCGCCCUGCUCAUAUCCUUCCUCAAGUCGCAUGCCAUCCUCUCGCCGGCCUUCUAGCCCCAGUCCUUUGCCCCAUUGCCAUUCCUCUCCAGGCUCAUCUGCUCCUCACCGUGUCCCCAGGCUCCCUGGCCCUCUCAUCCACGCUCUCCGCCGUGCUCGGCGUCGCUGACCCAGCCUCCGCGCUGCUCGCCCUCGCGUUCCUCUCCGCCGCCGCCGCAGCGACGCCCUUGCCGCUCCUCCCCGCGGAUGCCGCGGCUGUCACUGCCCGGCUGCUCCUCAAAUUUCCCACCUCCGAGGAUGUGCCAACAAGGACAAAGGGGAAAAGGGAGGAAGCAAAUAAUGGAGGGAUCAGGGACGUGGUGCGGAGCUUCAAGGAGGAGCAGGUCGAGGAGCUGGAGCGAAUGGAGGUCGCUUUCAGGAGCAGGCCUGUCAGGAAUGCUGCUGCACGGCAAGUCCGAUCACUCAUGGAUUUCCUCAAGGUGAGGUUCUUCCCUUCAUUCUUGCCUGUAUCUGUUGAUUGCUGUUGGCUCAUUGUCGUGGUGAAUGGUUUGCAGAUCAACCAUGCAUAGUGAAUCAUGCAACAAUUAAUAAGUUUCAUUUAUCACUUAAUUUAUAUUCAGCUUCCCCUUUUUUUCCCUAGCUCUAGCUUUCAGAGCCACAUGUAGAGAGCUAACACCUUAGGAGCCAAUGCGGUUGAUGAAAUUGUGUGUUGAUUGCUGCACAGAGUUAUCAGAAGCACCCAAUAAGAAGUUGCUGAUAAAACUGUAUAAUCUUGAGGCCUCCGAAGAUAAAGUCAUUGUUUCUGAUUGCGGACUGCAGGAUCUGUCAAUUAAGCCCUUUCUUGAUUCCCUAAUAUCAUAAACAAUAUCUAUAUUGGAUCUUUCUUAUAACAUAAUAGGAAAUGACCAACUGGAGGAGCUGCACUUGGCAGAGAACACAAACUCGGCACUAGACAGAAUAAUUCAAUACGAAGACAUGCAAGAAGUAUCAACAACCAAUGAGGAAAAACAAUAAUGUAACAACCUUGAAACAAGCAAUGCUGUAGCAUGUGAAAAUACUGUAAAUAUAUGUAACGUCCCGCCUCCCCGAGGUCGGGACCGCUUACAUCUGACAGCUUUUUAGGACAUAGACUGUCCUCACAGACUAACACAUGUCAUUUCUAC